AUGGACGGCGCCGACCGCCGCCGGUUCCAGUCGCUGGCCGCCUUUUCGGCCAGACUGGCGGACCCGUGGGUCGCGCUGGCGGACUGGAAUGCGACGCCCGAGGAGCUCAUGCGCACGGGGUUCCCGCAGAAGGUGCAGGGCGAGCUGCUGCUGACCCGCGACCCGGAGGCCACCUGCUUCAAGGGCAGUGGCAAGCUCAUCGACUACGGCUUGCUCCCGCACGGCGCAAGUGACCUUGGCGAGCUGGAGGCGGUGCUAGACGUGCCCUGGCAGGCGCGCGCGGGGCUGCGGCUGCGGCUGGCGGCACACCUGCAGACCGACUUUUCGGCGAUGCAGUCCGAGGCGGAUGCCGCGCUGCUGGCCGCGCGCGCGGAGAUCGAGGCGAGCGCG